UUGACAGAAGGCGAUGCCGGUGCCGCCAUGAGCGAAAACCCCCACUGCUAUUUUCUUCUUUCGCUUGCUUCCAUCUCGCCCCUCCCUCGUCGAUAUAUCCUCACUUCACGCUGCUGUCCUCUGACAACCCACUUUCACUCUUUAGAAUAGCGGACUCGGAGGAUUCUAAUAUCUCUUACAACUCUCACCCUCACCUACUUUUGGGCAUGUGCGAGGAAGACAUCAUCAACAUCUCGAUCUAGUCUAGAGUCUCUCUUUGGACUCGUACGCUCGUUCACUUACUGGUCUAACACUCGGUCGUCAUCAAGUCACGAGUCCAUCAUCAUCGACACUCGUCACUGGUUCGACAAGGAUCUAAUAUCAAGAUGGCAGGUUCACACAACGGGGGGAAGGACUUCCCUCUACGACCUCUACCUCCUUCGAGGAAUCCUUCUUCUACACCAUCAGACUUCCCGUCGCCUCUCAACUCUCCACUACGAUCGAACUUUCAACAUGGACCGAUUAGUGGUGUCGAUACUCCCCCGUCUUCGGAACUCCAAGGCCCCCAGUCUUUCUACAAUCAAACUGCGUCAGGCAGUGCUCUGUCGGUGGCUUCAGAUCAGACGGGGAUAUCGACACCGGUGACGUAUGCCGAUGAGUUCAAGUUCAAGACAGUUAUUAAGUAUCUCGGUAAGCACAUAGAAAAGGCCGGAUGGAUGCCUCCCGAGGAGGAAAGGAGUCAACCAAAUGGUUACGGAGUGCUGUACAAGAAGUCUCGAGGACAAUAUGUCACAUACCCAGAGACUCUGUCACAGGCCGUUGUUGCCUGUGUGCAAAGACUCAACCUCGUCAUCGCCUUCACCAUGAAGCUCGAUAUGCUCGACGCGCCCAACGGCAUCCUCGCCUCGCUCGGCCCCAACCAAUCCGAACUCAAGCUCAUGGACGGCUCUCAACUUCAAAUCGCCGACUCGCUCGACAGCAUGGUACCCGCCAACGUCAAGAAGUUUCAGUACGCCUGCUUGGUCCGACAAGAACGCAUCCUGCUCGUAUGGCACGAUGAUAUGCUGCAGAUAGUGCCCACCGCCGCCCGAAUCGAGGCGAAGCUGCUAGCCAAGGUCUGGGGAACCGGUGAACUACCCUUUGGGAAUCUCCAAGCUCCAUCCCGACCGAACUCGGUUCUCUCCACAAACACGUCCAUCUACAAGGCCGAGAAGCCAUCGACUCCGGGACCUGGUAACAUGGGCGCCCUCCCCAACGACAGCGCCGAACAGCUCGAGAAGGACGAGUCCGUAGACGCCAAGGAGUCGCUCCAGCGGCCCGUCCAGCGCACCAGCGCCUUCUUCGUCGGCAUGGCCAUGUGUCUGGGCAUCGUCCUUCUCUUCGGCACCUACAUCUCGCAGCUGCUGAUCGAGUGCGUCGUCGACGGGACGUACACGCGCUUGGCGCUGAUUGUCUGCGUGCCGUUCUUGUUGUGUGUCAGUCUGUUCUUCUUCCAGGUCAUCUUCUCGAACCUGUUCCAGAUUGUUGGCCCAAUUGGUGGGCAGCAUACCAACUCGAGGUUCUACUCGUGCAUCAAGCCCAGCUUGAGGAGGGCGUACAUGGACGGGUUCACGGCGCCGCAUAUCACGAUUCAGAUGCCGGUGUAUAAGGAGGGUAUGGAGAGCGUUAUCAUCCCGACUGUGAGGAGUUUGCAGGCGGCUAUUUCAUUUUAUGAGAGCCAUGGUGGCUCCGCAUCAAUCUUCAUCAACGACGACGGUCUCCGCGUCCUCUCCGAAGAGGAAGCCCAGAAGCGCAUCGAGUUCUACCACGACAACCACAUCGGCUGGGUCGCCCGCCCCAAGCACGGUGACGACGGCUUCGUCCGCAAGGGCAAGUUCAAGAAGGCUUCCAACAUGAACUUUGCUCUCAACAUCUCCCAGAAGGUCGAGAAGUACCUCCAGGAAAUGGUGGAUGCCAAGUUCGCUGCCGAGGGCACCGACCUCGUCGACGAGCAGGAGGAAGAGGAGAUGUACCAGGCUGCUCUUGCGAGAGUCCUCGAGGAGAACCCGCUUGCUCAAGCGGCUGGUAACAUCAGGAUGGGAGAGUACAUUCUCAUUGUUGACUCUGAUACCCGUGUGCCCGUCGACUGCCUCCUCUACGGCGCCGCCGAGAUGUUCCUCUCCCCCGAGGUCGCCAUCGUCCAACACUCCACCGGCGUGAUGCAAGUCUCGUGGGACUACUUCGAGAACGGCAUCACCUUCUUCACCAACCUCGUCUACACAGCCAUUCGGUUCUCCAUCGGAUCAGGCGAAGUCGCUCCCUUUGUCGGUCACAACGCUUUUCUCCGCUGGCAAGCCGUCCAAGACGUCGGCGUCCCCGAACCCAACGACUACACAGCCUACUGGUCCGAGUCGCACGUCUCCGAAGACUUCGACAUCGCCCUCCGCCUGCAAAUCAAGGGCUCCAUCGUGCGCAUCGCCUCGUACCACGGCACGCAAUUCCAAGAGGGCGUAUCCCUAACCAUCUACGACGAGAUCGCCCGCUGGCAAAAAUACGCCUACGGCGUAUCGGAAAUGAUCUUCCACCCCUUACACCGCUGGAUCUUCAAGGGUCCCUUUACACCCCUUUUCUACACAUUUCUCGGGUCAAACAUCAUGUACUCGUCCAAGAUCUCCAUCUUCGCCUACAUCUGCUCCUACUUCGCUUUGGCCUCGGCCCUCAUGCUCACUUUACUCAACUACUUUCUCGUCGGCUGGUUCGUCGACACGUUGGACCACGCCUACAUGUCCUCCUGGCAAGUCUUUGUCUCGCUGGUAGUCGUGUUCAACAUCAUGGGCCACAUCGCGCUUGCCGCUUUGCGGUACCGCACCGGCGACCGCUCUUUACUUUCCAGUUUAUGCGAAAACUUCAAAUGGACGCCCAUGCUGACCGUCUUUUUUGGGGGGUUGUCCUUCCACGUCACCACGGCCCUGCUGGCGCACUUGUUUCAUAUCGACAUGCAGUGGGGCGCCACCAGCAAGGAAAAGGAAAACUCAAAUUUCUUCCAGGAGAUUCCCAAGAUCCUCAAGACGUUCAAGUGGAUGUAUGUCUUUGUCAUCCUGGUCGCGGCGGGAAUGGUGUACUUGGGCAAGUGGGCGCCGAAAGGGUGGGAGAUUAACGAUUUCACGGCUAUUGUCCCGUUGGCGGUUAAUUUGGUUAGUCAUGCGUUGACGCCGUUGGUGUUGAAUCCUAGUUUGAUGGUUUUUAACUAUUAAACUGAAGAAGGUUGUGGGAGGAGAAGUGGUUAGCGAGUGGGUGGGAAGGUGUGAUCGGGACAAGAGCAAAAAAGGAGGAGUGUCUUUACUUGUGUGUGUGUGUGUGUGUGUGUGUGUAUCAUCUUUUCGCCCAUCGGCUUCUUUCUUUUUUCCACUUGUCUAUAUCGGAAGGAUGGAUGGAUUGUGGAGGGUGACCAGGGAGGGCUAGGGCUGUUUAUACGCUCGCUAUGC